GCAGUGGUGGUGGGGGUUGGUUCUGCAAGAUUCAACACCAGCCAGAACGGAGAGCUGAGGGAAGGAAGGGAAGACGCAGAAAUAGUCAGCUGGUGGUGUUGUGGAGGUGGUGGUGCUGGCGGAGGUGACGGCCACUGUGGGGGUGAGAGGAGUCAUCUAUCAAGCCUCAACACCCACAAACUGGUGUUGUCAAGACCAUACUGAGUGAUAUUUUGGUGUUGAAACCAUGGUGGUGAUGGUGUUGGCGGUGGUGAAGGUGUGAGAGGCAAGGAAAGGGAGCCAACAAAAAAACUAGUGCCUAGAAACGUAAAAAGAAAUCGUGGUGGUGGUGGUGGUGGUGGUGAACCUGGCGCCGCUGCGAGGGGGUGGUGGCGGCGGCGGCGGAGAUGCUGGAGAGGGUGAUGACGGGGGUGGAGGUGGUGGCGGUGGUGGGCAGCACGAGCAUGCAUUUUUGAGGAUGAGAAAACUUGGCAGCCACGGAGGUCCUCAGGUGAGAACCUCGACGCGGCCCGUCUCAUGGUGCAUCGGGGGCCUCGGGGGGGCGGCCUCGGGGCCCCCCUUGGGCCCCCCGCGGGAAAAAGACCCCGCAAGCACCCGUGCGGACCUGGCCCGCCGCGGCUUGGCCAGGUCGUCCUCGUACCAGGCUCUGCACACGGCUCUAGCCAGGCUCUAUCGUAUUGACGACUUUCACAAGGAAAGGAUUGGAUCAGGAUUUUUCUCCGAGGUGUUCAAGGUGCGGCAUCGAGUGACGGGUGACGUAAUGGUCUUGAAGAUGAACAAGCUAAUCAGCAACCGACACAACAUGCUCAGAGAAGUGGAGCUCAUGAACAAACUGCACCACCCCAAUAUAUUAAGUUACUUCGGAGUUUGCGUCAACGAGGGACAAGUCCACGCCCUAACAGAGUACAUCAACGGCGGCUCACUGGACUCGCUGAUUGGUAACCGAGCGGUGGGUCUUCCCUGGGCGACGCGGGUAUCUCUGGCACUGGACAUCGCCCGUGGCAUGGCAUACCUACAUUCACAGGGCGUUUUCCAUAGAGAUCUCACCUCUAAGAAUGUUUUGAUCAAGCACACGUACGAGGGCGGGGAGCACAAGCUGACCGCCGUAAUCGCUGACUUCGGAUUGGCUGCGCCCAUCCCGCACGAGCAAUGUGUGCGAUUACGUCAGGUCGGCUCGCCCUUCUGGAUGGCUCCAGAGGUCAUCCGCGGGGACUGGUAUGACCACCGCGUCGACGUCUUCAGCUUCGGAAUCAUUGUCUGCGAGAUGAUUGCAAGAUGCGAGGCUGACCCAGAUAUCCUGCCAAGGACUCACAACUUUGGGGUCCAUUACGUCGACUUUUACCAGAUGUGCCAACAGGACUGCCCUGCUCAGUUCUUGGAGCUUGCUUUCAUGUGCUGCCAGAUUGAACCAGCAUCCCGUCCAUCCUUUGAAGACAUUACGUCCAAGCUGGAACAUCUUCUCAGCCAACUCAUCGCCCAGAAUGCUUGCUUCAACGCUAGGAAACUCAAGGUUUUCCACAGACGCUCGCUCUCGGACGAUACGUUCAAGCUGUUACGUAACCAGAUGGGUGAGGCUGUGUACGUCCCCACCACACAGCACCACCACACCACCACUGUGUUCCCCGCCCUGCACUCCGCCUCUGUCACGCCGCAGGAAAUCGUGGACAGCAUGAGUGCUGCGGACCCUUACUUCCAGCCCUCCAGUGGAACCGUCAACCCCUUUGCACAGCUUAAACUCCCAGCCCGGUCCCAGCUGGCCCUGCAGGAAGGCGGCCGCUACUGCUACUCUCUGCCCAACUACCUGCACCUGCUGGAGGAGCCUGCCGUGCCAGAGCUGAAGCACAUCCACACCUCAGACUCCUGCCUGUGUCACCUCGUCCAUUGCCAGUGUCAGUCCAACCAUAGAAACUGUUCUGGCAACCUUGACAAUGCCAGGAAACAGUGCCAGUGUUUGAGUGUGAGGAAGUGCAAGGCAGAGAGAGUGGUGGAUUGUAAGUGCAAGGCCACUCGAUCAUGCAGCGAGGUCGCUGGCUCGGUCUGGCCGGCUGAGGUGGAUGUGUCCCCCGGCACUGUCCUCCGCUCGGAGCUAGGCAGCAGCGGCGAGGCCACCACUUCCGUGAUUGCCGGGAACAUGGUUGGCGGGCAGGUGCGGAGACGCGGCUCGGGUGAGAGUGGUUUUUUCAGUGUAGGGGACAUAGAGCGCAUGGGGACUCCCGACCUGUGUCUGUCCUACUCUGAGCUGAGCACGGCCUCACUCUUCUCCGCUGAGGACGAGGAGGCCGGCCACCAGUGCUUUGCGCAGAGGUCAUCGUCCGUCGUCACUGAUAGCUCGGAGGAUUUAUCUAGUCUAGGUUGCUGCCACGACCCCCAAAACUGUGACCUGGCCUCCUUGUGUGACAUGGACAGGAGCAAACUCUCAGCCUGUGAAGUGGACACAGACAUCCAGCAGAUUGUGAACUUUUUUGAACAGAACAUUGGGGAAACUGGCAUGGAGAGGCCUCGACGGCAGUCCUCACGGCUCCAGCAGGGGCAGGGGAGUCUGGUGCCAUUGUUGACCCAUAAAUUCAGCAACCUUCAUGCUGGCCACAGGCUGCCCGGACCCUCCGGUGGGUACUCGUGCCAGACCCACCAGAAUGGGAGUCUUCUGCCGUCAAAUUCCUUCAACACCAAAGAUUGCAAUGUACCAAAAGUGUGCUGUCUGCCUUGCCUUCGCUCCGAGCGCCGUGACACCUUCAGAGUCAAAGACAGACCCAAAGUGUACAUUACCGAGGGAACGGUCCGUGCAAAGCGUGACAUAUUCGAGGCGAAGUGAGGGAGUGAGUGAGUCAGUCAUGUGAUGUAAUGUAUUUUAGCCCUAUAAAGAGUUAAGGCAGUUAUAUUUUGAACUACCAUUGAUAUUUUAUGCUCCUAGUCACAAGGUGUUUUGUGAUAAUGAACUAACAACAAUAAGGCUUUCUGUUUCUUUGUCAUGGCAUGUGGAAAUAAAAGAAGGAUAAGUUGUGGACGAGGGAGGCAAUAUUUUCUUCAUGCAAAUACAAACCAACAAACAGA